AUGGAGAGCAUUUGGGUUGAAAAAUAUCGUCCACAAAGUCUCGAUGAGUUGACUGGCAAUCCCGCUGGUCUGAGGCUAUUGCGCAGCCAGAUACACCAGCCAGGAGGCUUGCAGCAUUUAUUGUUAUGUGGUCCUGCUGGUGUUGGUAAGACCUCAUCCUUGCAUUGCCUGGCCAGGGCCAUUCUGGGGGACCAGUACAGUUCUCAGACAUGUUUGGAGUUGAAUGCUGCUGAUGAUCGCGGUAUAGAUGUAGUCAGAGAACGGAUAAAAAACUUCGCCAAGAACCAGGUGAGAUUGGAACCGGGUCGGUUCAAGAUUGUAAUUCUUGAUGAGGUGGAGGCCAUGACUGAAGGUGCUCAACAAGCGCUACGAAGACUCAUGGAACAGUACUCGGAUACCAGGUUUGCCUUGGCCUGCAACCAGUCCGAGAAGGUCAUAGAUCCUAUUCAAAGUCGAUGCGUCCGCGUUCCUAUGACUCGGCUGAAAAAUGAGGAAAUGAAAGGAGCGCUAGUUAAAAUCUGCGACAAAGAAAAUAUCUCAUAUCAAGACGAUGCUAUGCAAGAACUCAUCGAGGCAGCCGACGGCGACUUGAGAAAAGCCAUCGGCUCACUACAAGCUGCAGCAACUGCAUUUGGCAAAGUUGAAAUUCCCUCGGUUUAUCACGCAUGCGACAUACCGCCCACUGAAGACCUUCAUGCUGCCUUCGACGCCUGCCGAAAAGGAAUCUGGAGAGACGCCCAUGACGCCAUCUUCAAACUGCUAGAUCAGGGCUACUCUGGAAUUGAUGUACUUAAAGCUCUACGCGGCGUUUGCAUCAAAUCAGAUGCCCCUGACGCCAUUAAAAUCCUGUGCCAAAAAGAGGUCACUACCGCUCUCAUUUCAAAUGAUCGCGCUCUAGAUCAUCUUCAAGUCGAGUAA